CGCGGGGAGCAGACCGCAGCCAGCCGCAGUGGGCGCCGCAGCCGCGCCAGUCGUGCGCACAGCAUCCUGAGAGUGCGCUGAGCGUGGAGACCCGCGGACCAUGCCGUGUCACCGCGACCGGGAGGGGGGCAGGCGCGCUCCUUUUUGACAUAAAAUCCAGCCGGUCAAAAAGAUUUAUAUACAUAUAAGUCCGCCCUUCACGGAGCCGGUGUGCGAAGCGUGAGCUCUAUUUCCCUCUGCCUCCUCCUUCCACUUCUCCUCCCCUUCCUCCUCCUCUCCCUCCUUCUCUUUCUCCUCCUCCUAAGUGUACAGACUGCACCCUACCACCUGGUUGGCUUCUGACAAACGGGCAUCUCUCCCUUUUUAGGGACCAGAGACACAGAGAAAGAGAGAGGAGAGAGACAAGGGACAUUCUAAUGCAGACUGCCUGAUACUCCCCCCCUCAAAAAAUAAUAAUAAAUUUUGGCUCUUGUCCCCUCCUCCAACCCCCACCCCCUCAAGCUUGUGUGAGAUGUUGGGUUUCUUCAGGAGACACUGCUGAGAAGUCGCAGUGGUUGGAGAGGCGUAGGGGGGUGGACUCCCUCUACCUCCACUCCCUCCCUCCCCCUUUUUUCUUUCUGGGAGGAGGUGGAGGAGGAGGAGGAGGAGGAGGGGAAGGGGGGUUGCAGAGCAAGCGAUGGAUGAGGAAAACAUGACGAAAAGCGAAGAACAGCAACCUCUGAGUUUGCAAAAAGCCUUGCAGCAGUGCGAGCUGGUUCAGAACAUGAUAGACCUGAGCAUCUCCAAUCUGGAAGGGCUUAGGACGAAGUGUGCAGCUUCCAACGACCUCACGCAGAAGGAGAUCCGGACCCUGGAGAGCAAGCUGGUCAAGUACUUCAGCCGGCAGCUGUCCUGCAAGAAGAAGGUGGCCCUGCAGGAGCGCAAUGCCGAACUGGACGGCUUCCCCCAACUCCGCCACUGGUUCCGGAUCGUGGACGUGCGCAAGGAAGUCCUGGAGGAGAUCUCCCCUGACCAGCUGAGCCUGGAGGACCUUCUAGAAAUGACAGAUGAGCAGGUGUGCGAGACGGUGGAGAAGUACGGAGCCAACCGUGAGGAGUGUGCCCGGCUCAACGCCUCUCUGUCCUGUCUCAGGAAUGUGCACACAUCAGGAGGGAAUCUCUCCAAACAAGACUGGAUCAUCCAGUGGCCCACCACAGAGCCAGGGCAGGACAACAACCCUGUGUGCCCCCCGGAGCCCAGCUCGUGGAUCCGCACCCCCCUCUCCCAGAGCCCCAGGGUCCAGUCCAAAUGUGUCCAGCCCUUCUGUCACAGCAGCCCUACGCCUGGAGCCCCCGUGUACACCCACGUGGACAGACUCACUGUGGAUGCCUAUCAGAGCUUGUGCCCACCGCCACUUCUGGAAUCAGGCCACCGCUCCUUGCCCCCGUCACCCCGGCAGCGGCACGCAGUUCGCACCCCACCUCGCACCCCUAAUAUCGUCACCACCGUAACCCCUCCUGGCACACCACCCAUGAGGAGAAAAAACAAGCUGAAGCCUCCAGGGACGCCACCACCCUCCUCUCGGAAACUUAUCCAUCUGAUCCCCGGCUUCACGGCGCUGCACAGGAGUAAAUCCCAUGAGUUCCAGCUCGGGAACCGUGUAGAUGAGGCCAACACGCCCAAAGCCAAGAAGAAGAGCAAACCGCUGAACCUCAAGAUCCACAGUGGCGUGGGCAGCUGUGAGAACAUCCCUGCCCAGCAGCGGUCCCCACUCCUGUCGGAGCGCUCCCUGCGGUCCUUCUUUGUGGGCCACGCGCCCUUUCUGCCCUCCACCCCACCCGUCCACACGGAGGCCAAUUUCUCUGCAAACACACUGUCUGUACCACGGUGGUCACCGCAGAUCCCACGCAGAGACCUUGGCAACUCCAUUAAGCACAGGUUUUCCACCAAGUAUUGGAUGUCUCAGACCUGCACCGUCUGUGGGAAAGGGAUGCUUUUUGGCCUCAAGUGUAAAAACUGCAAGUUAAAGUGCCACAACAAAUGUACCAAAGAAGCCCCGCCCUGUCAUCUCCUGAUCAUCCACCGAGGAGACCCAGCAAGGUUAGUGCGAACGGAGUCGGUCCCCUGUGACAUCAACAACCCUGUUCGGAAGCCAGCACGAUACUCAGAUCUACACAUAAGCCAGACGCUCCCCAAAACCAACAAAAUCAACAAGGACCACAUCCCUGUCCCUUACCAGCCAGACUCCAGCAGCAACCCCUCAUCCACGACGUCCUCCACGCCCUCCUCACCAGCACCCCCUCUCCCUCCCAGCGCCACGCCGCCUUCUCCCUUGCACCCUUCCCCACAGUGCACAAGACAGAAAAAGAACUUCAACCUGCCAGCUUCCCACUACUACAAAUAUAAGCAGCAGUUCAUCUUCCCAGAUGUGGUGCCUGUACCAGAGACGCCCACCCGGGCGCCCCAAGUCAUCCUGCAUCCUGUCACCUCCAAUACAAUCUUGGAAGGAAAUCCAUUACUUCAGAUUGAAGUGGAACCAACCUCGGAGAAUGAAGAGGGCCACGAUGAGGCAGAGGAGUCUGAGGAUGAUUUUGAGGAGAUGAACCUGUCCCUCCUCUCAGCCCGGAGCUUCCCACGCAAGGCCAGCCAGACCAGCAUCUUCCUUCAGGAGUGGGACAUCCCCUUUGAGCAGCUAGAGAUUGGCGAGCUCAUUGGGAAGGGUCGCUUUGGGCAAGUGUACCACGGACGCUGGCAUGGUGAGGUGGCCAUCCGGUUGAUUGACAUCGAGAGGGACAAUGAGGACCAGCUCAAGGCCUUCAAGCGGGAAGUGAUGGCCUACAGGCAGACGAGGCACGAGAAUGUGGUGCUCUUCAUGGGAGCCUGCAUGAGCCCGCCCCACUUGGCCAUCAUCACCAGCCUCUGUAAGGGUCGGACUCUCUACUCUGUGGUGAGGGAUGCCAAGAUUGUCCUGGAUGUCAACAAAACCAGGCAGAUCGCACAAGAAAUUGUGAAGGGCAUGGGCUACCUCCAUGCCAAGGGCAUCCUUCACAAGGACCUCAAAUCAAAGAAUGUUUUCUAUGACAACGGUAAAGUGGUCAUCACGGACUUUGGGCUCUUCAGCAUUUCUGGGGUACUACAGGCUGGCAGGCGAGAAGAUAAGCUGCGUAUCCAGAAUGGCUGGCUGUGUCACCUGGCCCCAGAGAUCAUCCGCCAGCUGUCCCCCGACACAGAAGAGGACAAGCUCCCCUUCUCCAAGCACUCGGAUGUCUUUGCGCUCGGCACCAUCUGGUAUGAGCUCCACGCCAGGGAGUGGCCAUUCAAGACUCAACCAGCAGAGGCAAUAAUUUGGCAGAUGGGCGCAGGCAUGAAACCCAACCUCAGCCAGAUUGGCAUGGGAAAAGAAAUCUCGGACAUCCUGCUCUUCUGCUGGGCCUUUGAACAGGAAGAGCGGCCCACCUUCACCAAGCUCAUGGACAUGCUAGAGAAACUGCCAAAGCGAAACCGCCGCCUGUCGCACCCCGGGCAUUUCUGGAAGUCUGCAGAACUGUGACCAUGGACAUGGGCCAGCAUUACCCCCAAACCGCCUCUUCUUCCCUGCUCUGCCCUCUGCCACCUCAGGAGGCCCAGGCUUGCCACCAGGGGGGUCCCGACACAGCCCAGCCUGGGGAGACCCGUGUGAUGACGUGAAGACCACGGAAGCUGACAGCAUCUUGGACCUGCACCCCUUUACUCAGGCAGUAUCAGGGACCCCUGAGCUAGGAUCAGACUGGACCAGUGAGGCUCCAGUGCAGGUACAGAGAGCCGCUGACUGAACACCACCCCUCCGGGCUGUGGAGACCAAGGCACACGGCCCUGUGGACAGACUCUCUCACAGGACUGUGCACGCACAUGUGUCUACGUGUGGACGGGGCCUCCAGCUUUCUUUGCACCAGGACAAGCCUGCCCAGCUAUGGAGUGUCCCAGCUGUGCUAUCCCAGAACACAGGACAGGGAUGGAAGCAGGAAUGACAGGCCUGCUCCCUUGAGUCAAGGCUCCCAGGUCAAGGUCAGAGUGGGGAGAGGUGGGCUAAGUUUGUGAACCUCUGUUUUCAGAGGCCCCAUUCCAAGCUGGAAGUGACUGCUAGCCCCUGGGUGCACAGCUCCGAAGGACACUAGGCAGUUCUCUGUGUAUUUUUAGCACGGGGUCUCCCUGGGGACCUUCCUUCGGCUUCACCUUCAUCCUGUUUUCUAAGAACAUCCUGACUCAACUCACUGCCCACCCUCGCCUGGGCAACUCGAGAACACCAUAGCUUCUCAGCUGAUAGGACAUCUGGGGGUCCUUUAUAGCGGGCCGUCAUUCAUGGCACCCCCAAAGUCUGAGGCCUGAGAACUGGGGCUGUGGGAAGAGGGUUCUGGUACAUUCUCUUUGGCGGCGUUGACACUGCUGGAGUUGGUUCUUUCACGGUGAUGGAUACAGGUCCUGGGUAGGCAUAGCGGCUGCAUGGGUGUGCGGAUAGCUGUUUACAAAGGUCUCCCUGACUCUCACCCGCUGCGUUCGAGUGGGGAAGGCAUGUGUGGAGUUUCCGUGGUCUAAACUCUGGCCUGGUGCUGAGUCCUCUGAGGGGAUUCCCCAUUCAGGGCUCUGUGACCCUGUGCCGCCCACCUAUUCUGCCCACUCAGCCCAUCUGCCAUGUCGUCUUUCUCUCCCUGCUGGAAGCAUUUCUGGUCUGUGUGGUUCUGCCCCACCCCUCCCCCACCACAGAAUCCCUCCUGAGGGAUACUGAGAACAGGUGGUAUGGAGUGAACAGAAGGGAGUGCCUUGAGGUUACGGAUUCACGUUUGCAAAGCCCUGUCCCCAGUGAUCAGACUUGACACCAGAAGAAAAGCUGUCCCUAAGCAGAGAACUAGCAGAGGUAGCAGGAUAGAGAAAUUUAGCCAAGCAUCCAGAAUCGCCCCCUUUCUUGGUGGCCCUAUUGGAUGCACACCCUGGGGCCAAGCCUGCUUACAAAGCAGGAAGAUUGAUUGACAGGGGUCACACUUCAAGGAAGACUUACCCUAUGGCACCCUCAAGCCUUCUGCAGGGCCUGUUCUCAAACCCCAUCGCAAAGCUCCCUCUACCUGUGUCAGGGGACCUGGGGCCCCACACAAAGCUGCUUCCAUGUGAACAUCUCUAUCCUGGUGACAUCUGUGUCUUUGUCUCGGCAUUCAUGCAUCGUGGAGACAUUUUACACACGUUCACUUAUGUCCCAGGGCUCCGGUAUCUCUAAGGACCACUCUUAUCAGGAGUUGCGUCCUCAUCUAAGAAGCCCCCUCCAGAACCCAUCCUUGUGGUCAGGGUUGCACUGAGACCUGCCCCAGCAACAUACUAAACACCUAGAAUUUAGUUCCUCCUUUCUCUUUAAUCAGAUCAGGACCUCUUUGGUCCAUAAAACUCCAGUCUGUCACACGCUUUUGUAUCAAGAGAGGAAGUAAGAGAAGAGAGGGCCAGGGAGGGCUGAGCCACUGGGAACCAGAAGCAUCACUAGGCGCUGGAAGACACUCAUCUGCUUCCGCUGUUUGCCAAUAAUGACCCAGUAGAGGCCAGAGAGGGAGAUCUCUUCACAGGUCCAGGUUCCCCAGGGAAGUUGGAGGAAGGCAUCUCUUUAUAGGGAGCGACUGACUAGUCACCUAGCUCCCAGGGUUCUGUCCUGCUCUGUGAAGGAUCACAGACUUAAAGAAACAAAAGUGUGGUGCCAACCUGCCUGUAAUCCUGGCACUGUGGAGGCUGAGGCAGGAGGAUAACAAGUUCGAGGACAGCCUGGGCUACAAAGGAUUUCUGAAGACCCAUUUGUGAUUAAGGACUUGAUUGGUUCAGGGAGAGCCCCAGCCUUCUUGGCUCCGAAGUCACUCUUCCGCUUACGGUACCUGGGUCCCUUGAGCCUAGGUCUGGGUCAGGUGUCUCCCCUUCACUCUUGCUCCUUCCUCACCCCCACAUCCACUGAGACCUGUGCCUCGGGUCAGCUUCCAUCCCUCCCUGGCUUCCUCCCUCCCUCCCUUAACAGGCCCUGGCUUGCCAGUAGCCUCUUAAUGUGCAAACACUUGAAUCCUGGGACAAAGAACUUCAGUGUCUUCCCUGAGGAAGCGUCUGAGGCUGAUCUGUUCCUCUACCCUGCACUGAGCCCAAAGAAGAGAGGAGGCCGUGGAGUUAGAUGCGUUUCCCCUUUAACUGCAGGCCCGUCCAGCACCUCACUCUGUACAGUCACAGAGCUACCCACUCCACUAACAUCAAAUGGCUUCUGCCCCUACCUCAUGUUGCAGAUCUUCAGGGCACAGGUUUUUAGAGGUGACAAGUCCAUUCUAGCCUUGUCUGGAGAUAUCUCCUCUGUCUCCAUACCCAGAGCUAAGCCAGAAACUCCAAGGGGCCCCUUGGAUUGCCUUGCCCAUGUUCUCUCUUACUGGUCAGAGGGGGAGAAUCGACCUGUCCAGUGCUCAGUCCCCUUGUUCUCUGUAGCAUCUUGACUUCUUGGCCAAUAGGAAAGCUAGAUGGGUGUUGCUAGGUAGGUGGCUAUAUUCAGGAUACUUAGGUCAGGAGGUGGGUAGAGUGCUUGUCUAAUACCACAAAGCCAUGAGUUCCAUCUCCAGUAACACACAAACCAGAUAUCAUGGUGCAUGCAUAAGUUCCAUACACAAGAGUUAGCAGCAGGGGCAUCAAAAGUUCAAAGUCAUCCUUGACUAUAUAGUGAGUUUGAGACCAGCCUGGGCUUCAUAAGACCUUGUCUUGAAGAGGAUUUUUUUGUAAAUUUAGGAGACUUGCCGCCUCCCAUCCCAUGUUCACACACUGCAUAGCUCCCCAAAUAUGCACAAAUCCAGCCUCCCCUCAUCUCCCAUAGCCCUUGUCCCUAGCUGUACAUGGGUCACCUGAGAUGCACACAUCAAGCAUGUGCCACACACUUAACCUGGGGUCAUCGAGCUCCAGGCUGCAAAGUGGUUUUUACAUCCUUUGUAAUGGAGGAUGAAAAGAUAGUCUAAAGAGGAAAAAUAUGACUCAGGAAAAUUCAGUGCAAUUCAGAUUUCCCAUCGGUCCUGUAUUAUCCCCAGCAAUGACAAAAUUAUUUGCAAGAAAGACCCCGGAACCCAUAGAGUCAAACUAUAUUGUUGCUUGGUCAGGGGCCAACAUGGCUGACUUACGAGACAGUGGGCUGUCUUACUGAUGAAUAAACCAACCAGAGUAGAAGGGGCCGGAGGCUGUGGGAAGCAGCCUACAGAGGUGCAAAAGCUGAGAAGGGACAGGCAGUGUCUUGGCCCUGGCCAGGCGUUGUGUCUGCCAGCACCGUGAAUUAAGCCCUUGAGGCUAUUGUGAGCUAUCAGAUGUGUCAACUGUCACCCACAGACUGCCUGCACCCCACAACAGCUGUGAACGUGAGCAGCACAUGGAAAACAUUAAGGGGUUUUGUUUUGUUUUGUUUUGUU